AUGAAGAAACAAUAAUAAGACUAUGUAAGUUAUCAAAUCAUUAAGAAUGAGACUAAUUUCAAAUAAUUAUAGCAAUUACCUUAAGAUGAUUAAUAUGAAGAAGAAGAGGAUUAUCAAGAUCAAGAAGAGAUGGAUCAGGAUGAAGAGGAUGAUCAAGUAUCCGAAACUGUUAAUAAUCAAAAUAAUAAUUAUCAGGGUUAGAAUAAUUAUGCAAAUGUCAAUUCAUAAUCGAAUGGCUUUGGUAAUGUUCAAAUGAAUCCAAAUUUCUAAUUCCCAGGAGCUGGAUAAAAUAGGAUUAGCAAUAUUCCAAAUAUGAAUAGUAACAAUUCAACAUAACAAACUCAGAAUUCCAACAUUUAGAAUAGAAUGAGACCACAAAGUGCAAAAACCAAUGAUGACUAAAUGAAGUUUUAAUAUCAAUAGUAGUAAUUGGCUUAAUAACAACAGCAAAAUAACCCACAAUGGAUUGGACAGUAAAACUACUUGUCGAAUGAUCCUAAUUCACAAUAUCCAUUGUAAAUGCAAGGAAACUACAAUUAAGGCUAUCCUGGGCCUUAUGUCUAAGGUGGAUUCUAUCAAGGAAUACCUUAAGGUGGAAACGUUCCUGGUGGCAUGAAGAAAAGACCCACUACCGCUAGUAGAAGAGGAAAUAUUCCUCUUGCUUUUGGAGCAUAGAAGAAGAGUUUUGGUUCUAAAAAUCCAUCUACACUGGAUUUAGAGGUAUCAAAAUUAAGACCGAGAAUCAUAAAUUAAGAAAGAGAAAGAUUGUAUGACGAUGCUCUAAAACAAAAAAUGGCAGCAAAUUAUCUCAAGGAUGAAAAUACCCGACUAAAAACAAAGAUCCAUAAACUAGAAGUAGAUCUCGCUCAAAAGGAGAGAUUAGUUGACGAUCUCUUGGUUUAAUAGGACUCAUUUUAAGUAGGAGGUCCUAUUUCAACCACUAAUAAGACAUAAAAGGUAAAGCUAGAGGGGCAUUUAGCAUUGAACUUAAAAAGAAAAGUUAGAGAGCUCCAAAUAUCAUUACAACAGAAAGUAGAUGAGGUUGAGCUGCUAAAAAGAAACAUUAAAUCUACAAAGACAGCAGAAGUUGAAGUUGAACUUAAAGUUUAUGCAGAUGAAUGUGUAAGACUAAGACAUUAACUGGAAGAGGUUAUCAAAAGCAAGGAUACAUUUGCAGAUCCUGAAGAAUUAAAAAUCAUAGAGAAUAAAUUUGCUUAAUAGGAUGGCCUUAUAAAUUAGCUGAGAACAGAAAACAGUGAACUUGCAAACGCUUACAGUAAGAAGGAGGAUGAAAACAGAUAACUAAGGGAUAUAUUUGCAGACAUGGAGAAAAAAACCAAAAAGGUUAUUUAGAAUACUAAAGAAGCAUCAAAACUUAAAAAGACAAUCAAAUCUUAAGAUAAAGAUAUAAAGAGACUGACAGCAGAAGUGUCAGCCUAAAAAUAACUAAAUGAGGAUUACAGAAAUAAGAUUGAGGAAAUGAUCAAGAAAGGGCCACUUUAGUAGAACUCUGUCAAUAACACUUACAGCUCAAAUCUAAAUAAGGCUGGAAAUGCUGGUGCCAAUGAUCCAGAUGCUAAGAGAUUAAGAUAAGAUAUUCAAGAAAAAGAUCAAAAAAUAUCUGAGCUUAAUACAGUAGUUUAAUAACUAUAGCAAAAAUUGCAAGAGAAGAUGAAUGAUAUAUCGAAGGAGCAAUAAGAGAAAAAUAAAUUCAAAUAGCUAUAUGAAUAAUAUCAGGAUAGAGUCGUCUAGCUUGAGGCAUAGUUAGAGGAUGGAGAUUAAAAGCCCUAUGCUGCAAGACCAAAGACAGCUGUACCAAAAACUGAAAAUUCUGUAAAGCAAUCAAUUAAAGAGCUAGAUAAAAGCAGUGAUAAGUCAAAGGAUGCCAGUAGAAGUAACAUAAUCACUAAAGAUAAUAAAGUCAAAGCAUCAAUGGUUUCUGGAGGCAAGAUGAUAGCUAGAGUUGAUGAAAAAUAAGCAAAAGAAAUAUGCUUAGAAGUUAAAUUAAAGCUUUAGAGCAAAGGCUUUUUCUAUCAUCAAAUCCAUGAGUUCUUCUUUAAGCCUUAUGUUAAAGACCAAGAAGUCACAGUUGGGUAAUUAACUGAUAUUUUUGAAACUAAUGGUCUAACUGAAAAGAGAUCAAGGCUCUUAGCCAGGUACAUAAUUGAACCUAAGGAGGGCCCAUAAGUAGUCGACUCUGAUGAAACUUCAACAUCUUAGCUAGAAGUCGUGAAAGUUCUUAGUGGAAUGGUUGGGCAUUUCAAAAUUUAUAAUGAUUCCAAUCAAGUAAAGAAAAAUAAUGAGGCAUUGACAAAGCUAUUCUAAAAGUGUAAAGGUACCUUGAGAGAUUCUCUUUAAUUAGAGGAUUACGAGGAUGAUGGAACAGUUCCCUUGUCUGCGUUUAAUGAAGCAUUUGACAAUCUUGAUAUCAGCAUUGAUAAGGACUUGAAAGAUUAUUUGAUUUUCGUGAUUUAUCAGAGAAGUGAAAGUCUUGAUAAGAUGAAUUAUCCAGUCCUAUUCGAUUUGAUAGAUGGUAAAAUUGCUGCAGGCUAGCUAAGUGUUGGCUCAAAUGAUGGAAGUAGAAAGAGACCUGAAAGCAGUUCACCUGAGAAACUAAAAGCAAGAAAUAAGGAGAAGUACUCUGGAAAUCAAUAGCCUUCUGAGGGAGAAAAGAAAUCGAAGAAUAAAGCUAAGGCUAAUGAUGAGGAUGAAGAUGAUGACUAUGAAGAGGAGUUUGACAAGCUACUUGAUAAGGAUGACGAUGAAGAUAGUAAGAAGGACAAAAAUUUGAUGCAACUCAAUAAAAAAUCAGAUGAUGAUGGCGACGAAGAUGAUGAAUAUAAUGAGGAUGAUCCAGAUUUUGCCAAAAAUAAUGGAGAUAUGGAGGAUGAAUAAGAAGGAGAAGACGAGAUAGAUGAAGAAGAAAUGUUAGAUGUAGCUGAGAAAUGUUUUAUCAGAAUUGCUGAGUCUAUUAUUAAGAUGGGAGUGUCUGUCAGACAAGCUUUUAGCAAUUUCAUCAUAAGAGAGGAAAUUGAAGCUGAUGAUGGAUAAAUUGAAGCGAUAGAAUUACUUAGCCCAAUAGGCUUUUUGGAAGGAAUUAAAAAUCUAGGAGUGACUGAUUUAGAAGAGAUAGAAAUUGCCUGUUUGAUGAGAGUUCUUACCAAGCAAGAACUAGAAAAUGCUAUCUUACUAAGAGAGUUAAUUGUUAUUAUGGAAAACUUUGGCAUUCAAGAUGAUGAAAAUCAAGACUAAGUUAGCAUCUAAAAUCAAAAUGAGCAUCUUGCAACUGAUGCACACGGAGAGUAGGAUAUUGAGCAAGAUUCUAAGUAGUAGCUAGAAAUGCCAUCUCCUGAUGGUGACGGAGGAAAAAAGAAAAAGAAAAAGAAGAAUACUUCCAAAGGAAUAGAUCUAGCCUAACUAGAUGAGAAAUCAAUCAAGAUUAUGGCUAAAUUGAUGCUAGCUUUGAUGGAACUGAAUGUUAGCCUCUAUGAAUUUUUCGAGGGAAAAAUCUAUGAACAAGCAGUGAAAACCAAAAAGAAGGAAAAUAAAGUUGAGAUUAUAAAUUCCAAAGACUUCUUCGACUAUCUUCAAAGAAGAGGUGUGCGAAAAUCGAAUAAUCCUCACAGCAACUUGAAUAAGUUCUUACAAUUAGACCCUAACUACACAAAUCUACUAAUGCUAAAGAAGAUUGCUAAGACUUUAGAUGAAAUGGCCAAGAAUGAGGAUUUAAUGCAAGGAAUUCUCGCAGCCGCAGAGGAUGAUAUGGGCGGAUAAGAUGAUAAUCAAUACGAGCAAAAUGAAUAUGAAGAAGAUGAAAAUUAAUAAAAUUAAGAGAGAUUAGUUACAAUAGGCGAGGACAAAGAAGAGGAUAAGCUCUAUGAGUCUAGAAAGACUGCAGCAGACAAAAAGUCAGCUGCAGGAUAAGGUGCUGUUGUUGCUGGAUCAAAGAUGUAGAAAUAGGCACCUAAAUAGUAAAUAGAGGAUGAUGAAUACUCAGAUGAUCAGUAGAAUUUCGAGGGUCAGGACGAAAAUUACAACGAGGACUAGUAUGAAGAGGCAGAGGACGAUUACGCCUUUUGA